UUGCUCAAGGCUUUAUUUUGAAAGCUGCCACCGGAAGUUUUAACUCUGUUCUGCAAAAGCUGUGUUCAGGUAUCCUUCGGCGCAUGCGCACUUCGCUGAUCUAUAGAAACCAUUACUCGGUGGGCAUUUUCAGGCUGAUCUGGUUUUAAAAAGCAUCCUCGGCUCAUUGAAGUAACAGGAGACUGACCGGACCAUCGCCAUGGCGUCCAGUGGAUCAUAUGUGCAGGUAACGCUGGUUCUGCUGGCGGUCCAGCUCGUCUGUGUCGGAGCCGCUGAGGCGGAUCAGGAGACGGGGACCGUGAUCCCUGCCGAAAGUCGUCCAUGCGUUGACUGCCAUGCCUUCGAGUUCAUGCAGAGGGCGCUGCAAGAUCUGAAGAAGACGGCUUUUAACCUUGAUGCCAGGACGGAGACUCUGGUGCUGCGGGCCGAGCGGAGGGCUCUGUGCAACUGCAUGGCCACCACCACGCUGCGCUGAGCCUCGCCCGCUCCGACACGCUGACAACGAUCCGUCUCAGACCUCUACACAUGUACAGAAACUCCCAUCUGAACUUCUCUGAACGACAGGCACUUUAUAUGAUUUGUUUUCAUCACAUUUGGGUGCAGCUCUGAUUUCCACCACAGGGGGCGUCAUUGUUGUUGUUUUUUUUAAUCUUAUUUAAGACGCUGGUCGAUGUUUGCGAAUCCCCUCAUCUCUGAAUUGUCCUCAUCGUCCUCGUCGAAGCAUAAACACGUUUUUCUACUUUCUAGUAACUGACUGUAAAACGUAGACACAGUAGGAUGCAUCUGUAUAUGAUUGUGCUGUAUGAGGUCACUGUUUACACUUUGAACUGUAGCAUCAGAGUUUAUUUAACUGCUCACAAUAACAGCAGUUUGACACAGUAAUUUAAGAUAAUAAGAAUAAUCUGACUGUCAUUUAAAUAAUUGUAAUUAGCUGACUCAAGAGCCUGUGGGAGCGGAUGGGUAACUUACAAAGGAAAGUUCUGUUUCCUCCACGGUCAGCUGUGGAGACGUUUUUGUUUCUGUGAAAAUACUUUUAGGAAGAACACUCGUAGGUCUUGGUUUAGCACAGCACUGUAGCAUGAAUUUAUAGCACUUUCGUUUCACGUGGCAAAGGCUGGUGUGUGCAAAUGGUGUGAAGGCGCUUGCCGUACGUCUGCGGAGCUCGGCCCGAUUAUCGGGGCGUCUGCAGGAAAAGUGAUGAGGCGGGCGGGAUCGGAUGAGCUGCGGCAUCAGCAGGGAGGGGAAGAGGGGAUGAAGAGAACUGCAGCAGGGAACAGAAAAUCGUCUUACCGUUUCAUUAACAAUGUAGUUUGCAAGUCACGAGAGGCUCCACUUACAGUGUUAAUGUUGUACCUAUAAAUAAAAUCACCAAACAAC